ACGGUGAGCUGAUCCCCGGAUUGUCCGCCGCUCUCCUUUCCUCUUCCACAUUCCUCCGAGAUCGACUCCUGAACCCGUCAUGUCUGCCGUCGAGAAGGACGGCCUCUCUGUCACUCAUGCCUGCGAAAGAACCGGCACCCCGGAUCUCCGGUUGAUCCACUACAACGAUGUCUACCACGUGGAAGCAGGAUCCGCGGAGCCCGUCGGCGGCGUCUCUCGAUUCCAAUCCGUCAUCAACUACUACCGAUCGGACGCCCGGUUCGCGGGACAACCGGACCCCCUUACCUUCUUCUCGGGCGAUGCCUUCAACCCGAGUCUCGAGAGUACCGUGACAAAGGGGAAGCACAUGGUGCCGUUUUUGAACAAGGCUGGAACGGACGUGGCGUGUCUUGGGAAUCACGAUCUCGAUUUCGGCGUUGCACAGCUGCGCCACUUGCGCAGCCAGUGUCGCUUUCCGUGGCUGCUCGCCAAUGUUCUCGAUCCCGCUCUAGGAGAGGAUGUGCCUAUCGCGAAUUGUGAAAGAACGGUUAUGUUGACUUCGUCUACGGGUGUUAAGGUGGGAGUGAUUGGCUUGGGAGAACGAGAGUGGCUAGGAACGAUCAACUCCCUCCCACCCGACCUGAUUUAUAAAUCCGCCUCCCAGACGGCCAUCGAGCUGGUUCCCCGUCUCCGCGAGCAAGGUGCUGAGAUCAUCGUUGCUGUCACCCAUCAACGUGAACCGAAUGACUAUAAACUGGCGAAGAGCGUCCCGGAAGGACUGAUUGACAUUGUUCUUGGAGGUCAUGAUCACUUCUACGGCCAUGCGGUGAUCAACGGGAUUCAUGUCCUGCGGUCGGGGACCGACUUCAAACAGUUGAGUUACAUCGAGGCUUGGCGGAAAGAAGGGGGUGGAUGGGACUUCGGCAUCAUUCGGCGGGACAUGUAUCAGUCCAUCCCCGAGGAUCCCGCCGCAGUGGCUUUGGUUGAGAAGCUCACAUCCAGUUUGAAGUCAAAGCUAGAGAAACCCAUCGGAUACACGUCACGCCCGCUCGAUGGGCGGUUCUCAACCGUCCGACAAAGGGAGUCGAACCUCGGAAACUUUGUCUGCGACCUGAUGCGAUUCUUCUACAACGCUGAUUGUGCUAUUAUGGCCGGCGGAACGAUCCGAGGAGACCAGAUCUAUCCCCCGGGCAUCCUUCGGUUGAAGGAUAUUUUGAAUUGUUUCCCAUUCGAGGACCCUGUGGUCCUACUGCGCGUCCCCGGUCGCGCCUUGAUGGACGCCCUGGAGAACGGCGUCAGUUUAUUACCCGCCCUCGAAGGGCGUUUCACCCAGGUCUCCAACAUCUCGUUCAGUUACGACCCGUCCGGCCCCCCGGGAUCCCGAAUCAACUGGGCCAUGGUCUGCGGCGAGCCCAUCAACUUCGAUCGCACAUACACCCUAGCGACCCGGGGCUACAUGGCCCGCGGCAAGGACGGAUUCGCAUCAUUGCUCGUGAAGUCAGCCGGCGGCGAGGUAGAAGAGAUCGUAGACGAAGAAAGCGGCGUAUUAGUGAGCACUCUACUCCGCCAAUACUUCCUCAGUCUGCGGGUAAUGGGCAAAUGGCAACGCUUCAGCAAAAGCAUGACACGCCACUGGGGCAGCGUGCACAAGAACCUACACGCAAACGGAUGGCUCAAGCCCGCGUCAUCCGGCACAUCUCCUGUGUCCGAGAAAAUCCCGUACCAACUGCGGCGCCCGUCCCUCAAGCGCAGCAAACAAUACCACUACGGCCGAUUCGCCGACCUCGACAAAGACAGCAGCCCCGACCGCAGCGGCGAAGACGACGACAUGGACUCAGACUCCGACACCGACCCGGAGAUCCUGACCUCCCCGCAGCCGACCACCAACUACGUGACGCUGCCGGCGCGGUCCACCGUCGAGGAAGAACAUCGACUGCGCGUCGCGCGCUGGGCCACGCGCAAAUGGAUGCGCAGGGCCGGACUGCAGCCGUCUACCGUGGAAGACGUGGACGAGGGACCUGGCGUCACGCCUACCUGGACUCCUGGCAUUGCGCCCCGUCUGGAGGGACGGAUUGUGAUCGAGGGGCCGAAUUAGUCGGGAUGAGCAUCGUAUAGCAUGAGUUAUGAGAUAUGAUUGUACUGCGAUAGAUUUGAGCAGAGUGAAUAUAGCAU